AUGGCUCCUUCCGCACCUGGGGCGGCCAACUCGCCGGCUAAGAAGACAUCAGCCCCCGAAAAGAAAUAUAAAUGCCAAUUCUGCAAUCGCGCAUUCAGCAGAAGUGAACACCGCAGCCGUCAUGAACGGUCCCACACCAAAGAGAGACCCUUCAAGUGCUUAAAAUGUCGCAGUACCUUUGUCCGUCGCGAUCUACUUCUGCGUCAUGACCGAACGGUCCACGCCAAGGACGGCGGAAUUCCCCUGGUCGCAGAGGGGCGCAGGCGUGGUGGUGGGGUUCAGAAAAACUCAUCUGCCCCAGCGAAGCCGUCGGUCACUGUUGACCCGACGACGCUGGAGCAGAUCGAGGCAAGCAGCGAUGGUAUGGUCGACCUUGAAACUGCAGCCAUGUUGAUGACAGAUUUCCAACAUAAGGCUGCAGCAGCGGCGAACGGCCAAGUCUCCGAGCGUUCCGAAUCGCUUUCGCCAGGACGCGGCUCCUUCGAACCGUACCUUUCGGGCAACGCAACUCUGCCGCAAAUGCCUUGGGACACGCUCAUCUCCCCCGCGGAACCCGGCUCGAUGCCUACCCUCGUCGAUCGCCAUGGUCCCGUUGGAGACGUUCUCCUAUCCAACUCGCUGCCGCUCUCUGGGCAUUCCACCCCGAAUGCCUUGUCACCGUAUCCCUCAAUGACCGGCCCUGUCAGCCCGGUUAACUACCGCCGCUCACCCGGGCCGAGUCAGGCACUGACACUCCCCAAGGCUCCUCAGGUUGCUAAUGAAAUGGAGCGCAACUACAUUGUAGAGCGUGUUCAGGGAUCCGACACGCUGGGUGCUCUUCCGGAUACCUUCCAGCUUCCAUCUACGAUCGCGCUGAACCAGUAUCUGUCCACCUACUUUAAUCUGUACCAUCCUCACUUGCCAUUCCUUCACCAGGAAUCAUUCAAGCCUUCUCAAGUGCCUGCACCCUUGUUGCUCGCAGUACUAUCAAUUGGUGCACUCUACACCUUUGAGCGCGAACACGCCUUCAUGCUUCAUGUCGGCUCCAAGGUCCUUGUCAACCAGUUCCUGCAGCACAAGGACAACUUCGAUUCCCGCAAGUGUCCCUUAUCACUGAUGCAGGCUACUCUACUGAACAUGGUGUUUGAGAGCUGGAGUGGUGACCCGAAGGGUCUGGAAUGGACCUGCUCGAUCAAGAGUCUGCUGGCCAACAUGGUCGCGGGUAACCGUUACCAACUGAAGGUGCGGACACAGGCUCGCGAGAAUGCGCAGCCCUCGCGCGAGGAGUGGAUUGAGGAUGAAUCAUGUCGUCGUACAUAUUUUGCUGUGUACAUCUUCUUUGGAAUGUUGACGCUUACAUUCAACCACACUCCUGCCAUGAGUUUCGAUGAGUUUGACGACUUGGAGCUUCCAUCCUCGGAGUCACUCUGGAAUCUCGACGCCACUGAUGAUGAGACUUGGCGCCGCAGCAUGAUGUCUAGCGCGCUGACUGUGCGCGAGGCCCAUGACUUCCUCUUCCAGGGCGAGCAGACCCGCUACAGUGCUUUCGCCACUCGCGUGCUGAUCAACGCCCUGUUCCUCCAGGUCUGGAGCCACAAGCGCAGCUUUGAGGCGCUCCAAGAUGUGGUAACGGAGUAUAAGCUGCGUCUAGCCCUCGAGACCUGGGAGAACUCACUUGAGGUUUGCGAGCCGGAGACCAUCGUGGUGCCGCUCAGCACUCCCCAGAAAGGCCACCCCUUGAUCUUCAAUUCGAUGGCGGUCUACCGCAACACCCGCGCUCGCCUGGAAGUUGACCUGAAGUCCAUCCAGGAGGCGAUGCGGUACCACUCCUCAUAUGAGGUUGCGGCUGCUAUGACCGUCGCUCGUGAGAAGGUCAAGCGCUCCCAGGAGAUGAACAAGGUCAUUCAACAAUGCUUUGAGUGCAUUGAGAUUGCUGCUAUUCAGGGCAUCAAUUGGGUCGCCAAGACCUCCGCUACCAACUGGAGUGUCGAGCACCCUCUCUGCGGCCUGGAUCUGAUGGUCAUCCUGAGCCUCUGGCUCUACCGCCUGGAACAUGACGAUGAGCCGGCGACUGAGGCCGAACUGGCCCUCUACAAUAAGGUCCGCAAUUUGUUUGACGAUGAUGCUAUCGACGCCUUCGGCAAACUCAGCUCUACCGUGGCCCGUGUAUGGGGUAAUAUCCUAGACGGCGUGGUUGUUUGGGGAAUUACCAAGUUGAUGGGCGAAUCGUUCAAACUCCACUCCCAGGCUCUGGUCGGCUACGAAGAUUCUCUUCGUGUUGGCAAGGAUCAGCCGAUUCAUGCGGUGCCCACCAAGUCGCUUGCUAGCGUCGGCACUGCAUACUAA